AUGGGAAGAAAGGAUAAACAACGUAAUAAGCUCCGCCAAUUUACCAAACAGAAACAGUCGCAGAAAGCCAAGAAAAGUGACCAAAUAGGCUCUGCAAAAUCUCAGGAUUCAUCGGCAAGCAUUGAAGAGAGUGUCGAAUAUUCAGAAGAGACCGAAACGGAUUGUUUGCUUCCAAUCAGACGAGAAAUUCUGCAAGAUCCAAGCACUGAGCUCCCGGGUUUUGUAGCAGAGGAAAUUGCUGAACAGGAACAAGUCUAUAGAGAAAGCCAGGAGAUAGCCAAUGGGUACGGAUCGAUAGCCAGGAAGGACGACGAGCUCGGGACGCCAGCUACUGCGGUUGGUGUGGCCGAAGAGCCACUCUCGAAAGCAAGAUUACAGGUGAUUAUGCUGUCGAUGUACUUGGGGAUCUUUCUAGCGGCCAUUGAUAACACCAUUGUGUCUACUACGGCUGCUCAUGUGGCUUCAGAGUUUAAGGAAUUGCCCAGAGUGGCCUGGAUCGCCACAGCGUAUCUACUCUCUAGCGCUACCUUCCAGCCGUUGUACGGAAAACUGUCGGACAUCUUUGGGCGCAGAUGCCUGUUGAUAUUCACGAACAUUGCAUUUCUCAUAGGGUGCUUGAUGUGCGGUAUAAGUCGGUCCUUCUGGUGGCUGGUCGUUUCGCGGUUCAUCGCUGGCGUUGGCGGCGGUGGUGUCACGUCAAUGAGCUCCAUCACCAUCACAGACAUCGUGCCGUUGAGCGAAAGAGCGCUGUACCAGGGUACCUGCAAUAUUUUCUACGGCUUGGGGACAGCCUGCGGUGGCAUUGUUGGCGGUUGGUUCAGCGACAACUGGGGAGGCUGGAGAAUGGCCUUCUUGGUCCAGGUCCCGCUCUCAGCGAUCAGUCUGUUCAUGAUAGUCCUCUAUCUAAGGCUGCCAGUCAAGGCAAACGAGAAUGCAAGCGGUAGGUCCAUGAGACAAAAGUUGCUGGCUAUUGACUGGUUCGGAGCCUUGGCACUGGUGGUAUUUCUUGCUCUUUUCCUGAUGGCCGCCUCUCUCGGAGGCAAAGAGCUGGCCUACGCUUCCAAGACGUUUGCAUUACUGAUUAUACUGUCUUCACUCGCCCUCGCCGUCUUCGUAUAUGCGGAACUGCGAGUCGCCAAGGACCCGAUCCUGCCGCUAAGGUUCCUGAGUAACCGCAGCGUCCUGGGCUCCAGCUUGAGCAACUGGUUCUGCAUGAUGGCCACCAUGACCACAAGCUACUACCUGCCGAUCUACUUCUCCGGCGUGCUCAACAUGAGUCCCACCGACAUCGGCAAGAGACUGACCCCAAACUUCUUCAGCGUCGCCUUUGGCUCUCUCGGCGCCGGAUACUACAUGAAGAAGACCCGCAAGUACUACUGGUUUGUGCUCUUCUUUUGCGCCGUUGCCGUGCUGGGCCAACUGCAGAUCCUGCUCAUCGACCCGCACGUCUCCACCUGGAGGCAGUUUACUCUGACGCUGGUCCCAGGCUUCGGCUCCUCGGUCCUCAUCACCGUCGCCCUGCUCGCCAUGAUCGCUGUGGUGCCGCACAAGCACCAGGCCGCGACCACCUCCAUCUCCUACGCCUUCCGAUCCACGGGCUGCGUGCUCGGCGUCGCCCUUGGAGGCGCCAUCUUCCGCGAGUCCCUCAGCUCCCUCACAACACGUCGUGUGCUGGCCUACCUCUCGGACAGCCAUCCCAGAGAGGAACUACUCAAGAUCAUACAAAAAUCUUCUACAUCCUCCGAAUGGGUCCACAACAAGGCCCCACAGUUCAUCCGUCCCGUCCUCAUAGACUGCUACAACGCAGCUUGCAAGAACACUUUUCUCUUCUGUCUGCUGUGCUCGCUACUGGCACUACUAAGCAUAUCCAUCAUCGAAGAGAAGAAGCUACACUCUUCGCUUCAGAGAAAGGAACAAGACGCACAAGACUCUCAGCUAUUGGCCUAG